AUGGCGGGCAGAAGCGAUGAGGUUUCUUGGCUGAGAAUGUUGGGUGAUUGGAUGCACUUCAGGCCUUCAAGGCGAAUCUUCGAAAAGUUGUUCCUGCGUUUGAAGUUGAGUUACGAUCACUUGGAAAGUGAACUCCUAAGAAAAUGCUUCUUAGCUUGUUCUUUCUAUGCAGAAAAACAGGAGGUCAAUGUGAUAGAACUGAUACACUGGUGGAUUUAUGAAGGCUACAUUGACCUUACAGAGGAAAUGGCAUUGUUGGAGGCUUAUGAGAAGGGGGCUCAUCUGAUAGCAGAUCUAAGAGAUGCAAGUAUGAUCCAAGUUCGUGAUGGAGGCCUUAUUAAAUUCAAUGAUGUGAUGAGGGACCUAGCUCUAAUUAUCAAAUCCAAAGAGUUCAUAAAGAAGAUCGAUCAAAAGCUACUCGAAGCACCAGACAGAGAAGCAUGGGAAGAAGCAGAGAUGAUAUCACUAAAAGAAAACCAAAUAACAAGCCUUGAGCAGAACCCAAACUGUCCCAAUCUCACUUGCCUGCACCUCUGUAGCAACCAUCAGCUGAGAAAGAUCUCCCCAGAGUUUUUUGAGCAAAUGCCGGAACUUCGCUUUCUAGAUUUGUCAUGGACAGGAAUUGAUUCUCUGCCAAGAUCAAUCUCUCAUCUUGUGAAGCUUCGGUUGCUUGAUUUGGACUUCUGCAGGUCCUUGAGAAACAUAACAGGUGUAGGGGCUCUCAAGCAACUGAUCACUCUUGAUCUCUCAGCCACCCCAAUAGAAGAGCUACCAGUGGAAAUUGGUGAACUGACUCAGCUGAGGCGCCUGCACAUGUUUGCCACUGUGCAUCUCAAGAGAGUUGCUAGUGGGAUCUUGCCCAGACUCUGUUUUCUGGAAAUCCUCAAGAUGGGAGGCAGUUCCUAUGCUUGGCAAAGCGAGGGCCUGGUCGGUGAAGCCAGCUUGCAGGAGCUGUUGGGCUUGAGACGCUUAGAUGAUUUAGCACUUGUAGUGAGAAGUGUUACUGAUUUUGAAUUCUUUGACCAAAGUACAUCUCUACAGUCAUGGAAAGAUGACGUUACCAUAGAGUGCAGAAUCUUAGAGACGUCGACGACUAUGAAGUUUGAAGGCAAAUUCAACAAGUGGGAGAGCGAAUUUGAGGAAGAAGACAUGGUUGCCAAGAUCCUAGCCGCUGCAUCAUCGAUGGUGGAUAAGUAUGAAGGGUUCUUUGACAAAGCUUAA